AUGCCUCACAAAAUUGAAGAGAUAAAGAACUUUGCUCACAACCUGCUAAAGGACGCUUUGUCUUUCAAGAUCAAGAAGAACAAGUAUUACAUCAAGGUUUGGCGCAGCAGGUAUGUGCACACCCUGGUCAUCACUGACAAGGAAGAGGCUGAAAGGUUGAAGCAGCCCCUGCCCCCACGUUUGACAGUGAAGGAGCUGAAAUGA